GACAUUCUGACUCGAAAAUGACACCAACGAUAGCCGGCCACUACCUUCUGAUAUGCGAUUCCGAUACACUGUGACCUAAUAGUAUUUCAACGUCCCUUUCUAUGGUCAUUACUCAUGAUCACUGUAUGAAUCCAUUAACGCCAUCCAAGACGAACUCAUCCCGUUCACUGAGCUCGGUUAAUAUACAGAGAUGCAAGUGGAGUCCUGUGAUACCUUCUAUUUUAUUCUUUGAUCCUUUGGGACAACAGAAAUCAAGAACACACAAAUAUUCCUUAUCUCAACUCUGCAAACUUCCGCAGCAAAAGAUAAAGAUCAAACCCUAAGAGACGGUAUGAUUCUUGGUUGCCGAAAACGUUGAUCCGGGACGUUGUCGAGUCAUAGAUCAG